GCAGGUAAAAGCGUCGUGUGAGUGUGAUCGCGCGUUUAAUGCGAGUCCAGUAAGAACUGCAGCGCGUCUGCUCCACGUCACUCACAUUUCCACGCAGCGAAGCAGCUGCGGUUUGUGCUGUCGAGGCAGUGCACACUACAGAGUAAACACUGGACGAACACUAAUCACUGCAGUCUGACAGAAAAAGCGCGGGUUCAAACUUGACACGUUUGCAGAUGGAAAAAGCAGCGAGGACGGGAGAAUAACGCUGAACGCACAGUGAAAGUGUUAAGAGACCCCUGCUGUCACCCAGCCUGCGCCAUCGGCUACAAUGAGUGCCAAAUCGGCCCUCAACAAGGCGAUCUUUAUUCCCAAUGAUGAGAGGCUCCUCUCAGCCGCGCAGGUGAAGAGGAGGACGAAGAAGAAGAUCCCGUUUUUAGCUACCGGAGGCCCCGGUGACUACACCACAUUCAUUUGCUUAUCAGUGACCAAUAAGAAACCAGCACAGGCUUUUCUUACAAAAGUGAAGCAGUUUGAAGGCUCCUCGUCUUUCGUCAGAAGAUCACAGUGGCCCAUCAGUCAGCUGCGGCAGGUCAACGGCAUCGACGCCACCCGAGAUUGCCCAGAGUUUGAUUUGGUAUUUGAGAAUGGAUCUGACCAGUGGAUUGCAGGUUCAGCUGGAGAGAAGUGUGUGUUUGUCCAGGUCCUACAUCACACAUGUCAGCGCUUUACCCCCGAAAGAAAACCAGAGUUCAUCAACUGCCACUCCAAACUGCUGGGAGGUAACAGUAUCCUGCAUGAGGCGGCAGACAGUGUAAGCAGCGCGGUGCAGAAGGCCAGUCAGGCGCUGAACGAGCGCGGCGAGAGACUGGGACGUGUGGAGGAGAAGACGGGUGAGAUGAUGAACAGCGCCCAGCAUUUUGCCGACACUGCACACAAGCUUGCCAUGAAGCACAAGUGUUAAGCCUUGGCCACCUCUGCCAUAUUUUUGGAGAAUCUGGUACCAGUUCUUCACCCCUGCUCAACCUCUGCUAUCAGAGAGCAUUACGGGACGUGCAUGAAGUAUCACAUGAAAGACAUUGUGUAUCAACAUGGCUUAGGCCUUGAAAAGAUCAUUCCUCCUUGACACAUGAAUGAAUUUUUGAUUAUUGCAAGCUUAAACAAAGCCUUAUUCCAGUCUCCUCACUCUUUAACAGACCUUUAUUAUAAUUUUAAAAGAUUCUUCUAAAAGUUGUACAGUAAAAUAGUUCCAAGGUUCAAAUGCCUGCUGAUAUAUGAUAUUCCUUCAAGGUUGUUUUAACUUAAUGAUUGUUAAAUAAGUGCCAUCAUAGAAGAAUUUUAGUGAAAUUACUAGAAAUAUAUUUUUUUGCAAAAAUCCAUCUAAGAAUUUGUAAAAGUAUCUCUAAACUUCUCUAAACAUCAUUUGUUUCAUCGUAUGUCACCAAAUGCAAAAAAAAAAACUUUUUUUUUUUUUACUAAAAGUCUAAAAUUUUAUUGGCACAGUGAUUGACUUUUUAAAUAAUGUAGUUUAUCUUAAGUUUUACUGAUGUGUUAAAAUAUCAACAGAACUGCCCUGAGAAAAGACAAGAUUCACAUGCUGCACUAUCACACCAUCACGUGUUACACUGCAGUUCAGGAAAGGUUGUGCCUUAACUGGAUGUGUGGGACGUCUAAGUUCACGUGCAAUGAAAGAAUGACAGGAGAUCUGAUCCAUUCAGCAGCGGGCCAGUCAAAGAAAAUAUAGGGCAGCUUUUGUUAAACUAGUCUACAAGUGUAGCUUUACAGUCAUUUUAAUUCCACUAAUUUCUGCUAACAUCUCUUCAACAGUUGGAUAGCUGUGAUUUUAUUUCUUAAAUUUCCCAUACAGCACACACUACAGAUCUGGAACCAGCCAGCUACUAUAGAAACAUACACUCAUGCUACAAAACUGUAAACUUACAAUGAUGGUGUUUUGUCUACUAGGGAAUACUGCAGGUCUCUGAGGAGCGUGAAAAGUUAGCUGCUUUUUCAGUUUGUUUUUUGUUUUUCUUUUUUUUUUUUCCCAUUGCAUUUGAAGUUGUCUUUUGGCUUUUUCUAAGCAUAUUUGGUGUAACAUGAAUGUUUACACAUAACUAACAAUGUAUUGAAGUAAUUUAAAGUAUUAGCAUUUUUACAAUUAGUCACGGCCUGGAUUAGCUGACUGGCCAAUUAUUAUCCGAAGCAUUUUAAACAGGUUUCCUCUGACAAAAAAAAAGCAUAUGGUAUAUACUUCUGUUAUAUUUUACAAUGUGUUCUUAUUUUUUAGAUUAUGAGAAAGUGACCAAAGUCUGUACAGUGCUUUUAUGUUUUGCAUUUAAUGCAAGGUUGAAAUCGUCCAUAAUGAUUCAUAAUUAAUAAACAGUGCAUAAUCAUA